AAGGGACCCCCAAAUGUCCACUUGCUCUGUAUUUUUUUCAUAAAAAAUGGAGCAAUUUUGGACCAUUCAGCCAUCGGAAGUUCCAAUAGGCGAUGUGUUUUGGACUCUUCUAAUUCACACUUUGCCUAUUCUCAAAACCCCACCAUUGAAUUUCUUUUCUCCAUUUUUUGGUUGGAGAAGAUGAAUAAUAUGGAAGAUGAGUACAUUAGGAGACACCAUAGGCAUGUGCUCAACGACAAUCAGUGUAGUUCUUCACUUGUUAAACGCAUCAGAGCUCCUGUUAAUCUUGUAUGGUCAUUGGUGAGAAGGUUUGAUCAACCACAAAGGUACAAGCCAUUCGUUAGCAGAUGCGUUGUGCAAGGGGACCUUGAAAUUGGGAGUGUGAGAGAAGUGAAUGUUAGGUCGGGUCUUCCAGCUACCACCAGCAAGGAGAGGUUAGAGCUUCUAGAUGACGAGGAACACAUCUUUGGCGUAAAGAUUGUUGGUGGAGAUCACAGGCUUCAGACCUUACCCCUACCUCGUGGAGGUAGAGAGGCUGUUUCUGAAACCAGAAUACUAACUAUCACAAUAUACGAGAACUACUCAUCAAUUAUCACUGUUCAUCCCGAGGUCAUUGACGGGAGACCUGGAACAAUUGUAAUCGAGUCAUUUGUAGUAGACAUACCAGAUGGGAAUACUAAGGACGAAACAUGCUUCUUUGUGGAGGCCCUCAUCCGGUGUAACCUCAAAUCGUUAGCUGAUGUAUCAGAGCGUUUGGCGGUGCAGGGUCAUACCGAGCCUAUUGAUAGAAUGUAGCUUCACAGUUUUUACCAAUGCAGCAGCGUGGGCUUAUACGUUUUUGCUGCUGGAGCAUACAUGGAUUUUGAUUAGAUUAUUCUUGCAAUGGCUAUUUCUCAUUGUGAAGAACCAGUACUGAUUCUGGCUGUGCAAGAUAUUGAGCCUUGUAAAUAUUUGCUACUGGAUGAGCUUUUGUUGUCAUAAGAAUCAUAUCCUACUCUGCAGUGGCAAAGGUGUGCUAUACACUCGUCUCGUCUAGAGGCUGAUGUGCUAAUAAUAUUCCCUAGACUGUAACUGUGCCUUUUUUGUUUCUGUACUUGUACAAGAAAAAAGUUCCUUGUUUGUUGUUGUAUCUUUCACCCUU